CAGAACCAAAGCAAAAGGAACGACUUUCCCCUGAAACGACACCGAAGAAACGGGAACCAGCCAAAAGGCCGUUAUUCUCUCGCCGAACUUUUCCCGCGCCGAGAGAAAUCAAUUAUUCCAUUUUUCUCUCUCUUUACUCUACUCUGUUUCUAUUUUUCUUUUUACAGAUAUGAACUAUGAGAAUUCGAUUCUCAUCACUUUUCUUUCCUUCAUCUGUACUUCAACGCAGCUAUUUGAUAAUUUAUCCUCCUUCAGAAAAUUUAAAAUUUUUAAAAAGCCUAUGAUCGUUACAGAUGCAAGGAACAGAGGUGAGUUACAGAGAUAUACAAAUUUCUGAUGGUGCUGAAGAUUCUAUACAAACUGAUUCCUUUACCGAAGAACACAGCCCAAAUAAUGAAGAUAUUGUUGAAGCGUUUCGUAACUUGCUUCUCCUCCAUGGCCAGUUACCUGCAAAGCACGGAGAUCAUGAUACACUUCUCAGGUUUCUAAAAAUGAGGGAUUUUGAUCUGGAGAAAUCCAAAGAUGCGUUUUUGAAUUAUUUGAAGUGGCGGGUGGAUUCUAAAGUGGAUAUGAUCUAUAAGAAGUUUAAGUUUGAGGAAUACGGUGAAGUGAAGAAGCAUUACCCUCAUGGGUUUCAUAAGGUAGACAAAAAUGGUAGGCCAAUAUACAUUGAGAGAAUUGGUAUGGUUGACCUUAACGCGUUUCUGAAAGCAACCACCAUUGAGAGAUAUGUCAAGUAUCAUAUCAAAGAACAAGAGAAAACGCUGAGCUUGAGAUAUCCGGCGUGUUCAAUUGCUUCAGAGAAGCAUGUUUCGUCUACCACAACCAUUUUGGAUGUCUCUGGAGUGGGAAUGUCAAACUUCUCAAAAACCGCGAGAUCGCUCUUCAUGGAGAUUCAGAAGAUAGACAGCAACUACUACCCUGAGACUUUGCAUCGCCUCUUCGUUGUCAAUGCCAGUUCUGGAUUCCGGAUGCUGUGGCUUGCACUUAAGACAUUUCUUGAUGCUCGAACAUUGGCUAAAGUUCAGGUGCUCGGACCCAACUACCUUGGGGAGAUUCUCGAAGCAAUAGAUCCAAGCAACUUACCAACAUUUCUUGGAGGUAACUGCACCUGUUCAGAUCGUGGAGGCUGUCUUUUCAGUGAUGAAGGACCCUGGAACGAUCCAAACAUCAAGGAAAAGAUCCAGGAGACUUGCACAGUGGGAAAUGCUGAAUCUGAGGGGCAUACUAUGGACAAAGUCUCAGAAAAUGCCCCAGCCAAUCAAAAAGAAGAUUCAGGCAAAAACGCGGUUACAUUGCAGAAGUAUGCUUCCCUGAAAGCUGCUGUUAAGGAAAGCCAGAAGAGAAUUGAAAUGUUGGAGGUGUCAAUCCAAGAAACAAAAAGGGUCUUGAAUGGACUUGCGGAGAUCAUUGAGACCAUUAAACCGGAUCAAACCGAAACAAUGCAACCCGGUUUAGACAGUAAGACAAUCGUAAUGAAAAUGUCCGGUUUGAGCUGAAGAAAAAAAAAUGCAUCAUGAUGAUGACGAUGGUCUGUGGAAUCCGUACUACGGCGAUAAAUGCAAUCAUGUGCGGAGCCAAUCUGUCUUCACAUGCAACUGCACGUGUGAUCUCUGCACUUCAACUUCAUCUCUUACAUUUUUUUUUUUUUUUGUCAAUCUAAUUCCACAGCUGGAUUUGAUCCUCUUCCCGAUGGCAAAUGCUUGCUUCAUUGGAAGAAUAACAGUAUUCAUACAUUAUCUUAUUUUUAAUUACAUUCAAGUCAUUUUGUAGUAAAUGAAAAUAAAAAAUGAUUUAUGGUGAUAAUCAAUUUGCAAAAUUAUGUUGAAGAACAAAGAAGUGGCAAACUUAAUAGAGAGGAGUGUGAGUUUUUCAUAAAGCUUCUGCAAUGGAAAAUUUACAGAUUGCUACACCUAAAACACUUCCACACCACAACACAGCGCAUCUCAAGUUUCAAACAUUCGUGGCAGCAUUGACAAAUAAACAAUCAAACAUAUGAAAGUUAAGCUCUCUACAGUUUCAGUUUUCUAUCAAGAGGAACAACAUCCACCUUUCUUGGAUUCCCCCUGCGCAUCUGAUGGAAUCACAAGUUUCUUGCCGUUGCUGAGAGAGGCAGGAUCUUGCUUGUUCAGCUCCUGUGAGCUCAUCACUUUCCUGCUCAGUAUGUUGUAUAUCUCCUUCACAACCGUCUCAAAUGCAGCUGCCACGUUGGAUGAGUCCAGAGCCGAUGUCUCCAUAAAGAAAAGUCCCUGCGCUUCCGCUAACGCCUUCCCUUCCGCUGUCGACACUUCUCUUAUGUCCUUCAGAUCCGACUUGUUCCCCACCAAGAUCGUCACAACGUUCAUAUCAGAAUGUGUGUGAAGCUCGUUGAGCCAUCUACCAAUGCUGUGGAAAGUCUGCCGUCUGCUGAUGUCGUAAACCAGAAGAGCUCCAACCGCACCUCUGUAAUACGCAGAAGUGACUGCUCUGAAACGUUCUUGACCUGCCGUGUCCCAUAUCUGAGCUUUGAUCUCCUUCCCGUUAAUAUCCAUCUUCUGCGUCUGAAACUCCACUCCAAUCGUCGACUUUGAGUUGGGAUAGAACUCAUCCCUCGCAAAUCUUGCGAGCAAGUUCGAUUUCCCGACUGCGGAAUCACCGAUCAGAACAAUCUUAAAGAGGUAGUCUUCACUCUUUUCGUCCUCAGAAUAAAAAGCCAUUCUCCUUUGUUAUGCUUAACAACACCCUCUUCUACAGAAGCAUGUUUCUACCACUGGCUUUUAACCCUUACCUCUUUUGAAACCUGAAUCUGACCCUUCACCACCUCCUAGAGGAUAUUGUAACACAAGACCACUUGGGUGUGUACGCCUAUAUACAAGAACAACGAUUUGAGAAAGUGGGUGAGUGGCGAAAUGGAUCCAAAGAUGAGAAACGAAAUAGGAUCCCAAAAUGGUAUCGAUGCGGAGAAUAAAACCAAAGGGAUUCAACGCUUCUGCUUGGAAAUCAUAGAGACUUGUUGCAAGGCAGUAACUCAGAGAGAGAGAGAGAGAGAGAGAGAGGAACCGGAAAAUUUUCCGUUUCGGUUCGGA